AUGGUUGUUUCACGGGAUCCAACUAAGCACGAGUAUAAAUUAUACCACGCUUCUUUGCGGAAAAUACUUCAUGAAAAAAGCCAUAAAGAGUUUGUUCAGGUCCUCAGAGAUAUAAAAGCAGCUCCUAGAGGCGCUGGACCUAGUCACUUAGCAAGGAUUGAGGAAAUCCUGAAAGAUCACCCACAGCUGCUUCUUGGUUUCAUUAGCUUCUUCACCAAGGCUAUGAUCGGAUCAGACGUCCCUCCCGAUCCUAACAAAGGGUUAGGCCCAUUUCAAACCAUGGUUGGCAAAAGAGUAUCACCAUCACCGGUGCUAACUAUGGAUGCUGCGCUUGACUACAUGGAUGAGGUGAAGAAAGCAUUCCAUGAUGAACCUGCCAAGUAUGACCAGUUUAUCGAGAUAUUGCUUACAGCUCAUACAGUUGAUGAAGCAGAUAGUGCACUUGCAAGAGUGAAGGAGCUCAUGAUAGGUCACAUGGAUCUGUUUCUGGUUUUCAGUGUCAUCCUUGCAGCUCAGCCUAAGACAACAAUCCCUCCCGAGACUGCAACUGCGCCUCCUCCUAAGAAGAAAAGAAGACGUGCCAAGAGAGUCGCAAAACCUAGUCACUUAGCAAGGAUUGAGGAAAUCCUGAAGAUCACCCGAAGCUGCUUCUUUACCGAGGAUAUGAUAGGAUCACUCAUCCCUCCCGAUCCUAACAGAGGUUUAGCACAUUUGAAACCAUUCAUACUAUGGUCGGCAAAAGAGUAUCACCAUGCAUCAUCGGUGAUAACUAUGGAUGGUGCGCUUGACUACAUGGAUGAUGUGCAAGAAGCAUCCCAUGAUGAACCUGUAAAGCAUGACCAGUAUCGCGAGAUAUUGCUUACAGCUCAUACUGUUACUGGUUUCUUUGUAGAGUUGAUGAAGCAGAAAGUGCACUUGCAAGAGUGGAGGAACAGUGUCGUCCUUGCAGCUCAGCCUAAGAUAACAAUCCCUCCUCAUAAGAAGAAAAGAAAACGUGCCAAGAGGUACUGA